AUGUUUGAAGAUGUUUCUCAAGUGGUGACAUAUUGUUAUAGUCUCCAACAUUUUGUGACAGCAGUUGGUGUUCAGAAGUUGGUGUUAGGUAUCUGUAACAAAUGGCAGGUUGUGAUGUUUUCCAUGUUUUUUAAUGCCUUGUAUCUUGUCUUGUCUUACUGUGUUUUGCAUCACUCUAGUCUUUCUCUACUUGGCACCUGCAGAGGCAUCCCCAGAAUCUUCCCAUGGGGCGUGUGUCUACAUCUGAAGUGGAAAAUAACAGUCUCCAUCAUUGUAGCUUAUAGUAGCCUAGCUUCUUCACCUCUUUCAACAGAGCACAUAGUUCUCCUUUCCUUUGAGUCUUUUUUCCUCAGCACCAUGAACAAAAAUCGCUGGGUAAAAGUAAAGUUUGCUUAA